AUGGUUGACCCACCAAAACCCGGUAGUUCUAAGGAACCACCUCGGAAAUCGGUCCGACUCCAGGACCAAACCGUCUCGGAGAAGAAAGCUGGCAAGCUGCCAACCCAGGAAUCUCCAGAGACUUCAUCCCCACGAGAAGAAGAAGAAGAUGAAGACGAGGAGGAUUCGGUACCAGUACUGACUAUGAGAGACCUCCAUAGGCAGAUGGCCAGCUUGGUUGACCAAGUCCACCGACUGACCCAAGAAAACGCCGAGCUGCGGAGUAACGUAGUUCUUACCACCGAAUCCCCACCGAUAACGGCCGAACCACCUUUUAGUCCAUCUCCAAGGUACACUUCGACCACCCCCGAGCCUCUACGUGUUAAACUCAGUGAGCGUACGCCCGCUAUAGAAAGCUUAAGCGAUGGCGUAGAUCCUACCUUCCGUCAAUGGCAAGCUUCGAUAGUAGAUCGACUCGAAAUCAACUCGGAUCACUACCGGAGUGAGCGAGCGCGAAUGGCACUAGUGUGGGGCCACACCACUGGUAUCGCGAAGGGAUACCUAGAACCUCAGUACCUAUCCGAUUCGGACGGGUAUCGGUUCCAAAAUGCGGAGGAAAUGAUUGCGUUACUCAAAUCAUACUUCGUAUCUGGCAAUGAGCAAGCAGAGAGUCGUGCGGCUUUCCACCGACUGCUCAUGGACAAGAGAGAAUCGUUCCCAGCGUUCAAGGCGCGUUUUAUCAGUGCCGCUAUCAAGGGAUCCGUAUCCCGUUCGGAGUGGCCCUUCUACCUCUAG